UACGCGCGCACACACGCGCGCACAGACUGCUUGCAUGCAAAUACAAGUCGUCUCUCUUUCAGAUUCACUUACAGGCACGCAUGAGGACACUCACACUCUCACACUCUCACGCUCUCUUUCUCUGUGUGUUUGUGUGUGUGUGUGUGUGUGUGUGUUUGUGUGUGUGUGUGUGUGUGUGAGAGAGAGAGAGAGAGCGAGAGCGAUGCUGUUAGUUCCUCGUCUGGACGCUGGAGGCUUGACAUCGGAUUAGCUCUGUAUUCAGUGUGCGCUUCACUCACACACACACACACACACCGGACACAGACAUGAGCACGGGGGACGUGGUGUGUACCGGAUGGCUGGUUAAAUCCCCACCAGAGAAAAAGCUCAAGAGAUACGCAUGGCGGAAGCGCUGGUUCGUCCUGCGGCGUGGACGGAUGAGUGGAGAUCCCGACGUUCUUGAGUACUUUCGCAGUAAAACUUCUCGGAAGCCCAUUCGCUCCAUCGACCUGCAGGAAUGUGAGGUGGCGGCUGAGGCGGAGUCAGGGCGGGAGCUGGAGUGGGGGGUGUGGCCUGUCAAACGCCACCUGGCCAAUCAGCACUUGUUCGUAGUAAAGACAUCAACGCGUGUGUUCUACCUGCUGGCCAAGACGGCCGAGGAGAUGAACAGCUGGGUGAGGAACAUCGGCCAGAUCUGCACCUUCAGCACCUUCAACCACAGCACAGAGUCAAUGGACAGUCUCGCCCAAACGCCUUCCUCCCAUCAUCCCUCUCCCGUGCUCUCAACUCACACCCCAUUUUCAUCCAACCAGGACGAGCCAGUUACUGAAGUAGACGCUGCCGCCAGAGACGAACCCAGUGACUCGGACAUCAGCAUCCCGCUCGAUUAUCUUUUUCUGUCUCAGUGUGAAACUGGGAGGAAGAGCAUCACCAGGUGUGACAGCAUGUCGAACUCAGAGCGUUCGUUUGAACAAAGUUCCUUCGAAAACGUGACCGAUGACGUGUUCAGUCCCGGCAUGUGCAUAGACUCCGCCCCCUUACCCUUCGGCGUCCUGUAUGGGACACGGCAGCUAUCAUCGUGUCCCGUCCGCGGCCCUGGCGACGUCUUCCGAUUCGACAGCCCGUUCUGUGCCACGCCCCCUCCUCUCCCACCCAAACCCACACAGAUGUCCGAUCACCGCUGUCCCGAGGACACCGUGCGUAACCAGGGGCAACCGGGGCUCCUCCCACGCAGGACGUCGCUGUCGGGCGGGGAGCAUUUCAGAAGAGGUGAGUUCGAGUUCAGCGCCAGAGGAAACUGGAAUAAAAGACUGAGUCUGAAUCUGCCGAUGUUUAUGGUUAACGCUCCUUCCGAGAGCCAAUCAGAUGAUUCCUCUUACGUGCCAAUGGCCUCUCCGCCAAUCAGCACCUCCGACAUUGAAGUCGACGGCUACAUUCCUAUGAGUCCAUCCACACUUCCUGUUUCAUUGUUGACGAAUGGGAAACCAGAACCACCUCUUCCUCCAGGCUCCGAUAUGGAGCCUCCUCCAAUCAACCGCAGUCUGAAGCCGAGGAGGCGGGUGAAACCACCGCCCCUCGAUUUGUCCACCAUUAACGAAUGCCCCACCCACCUUCCCCGGAUUCACACCCUGACAGAGCCAAGUGCCUCACCUCUUUGUGUUCCAUGGGACAGGGGACGGGGCUUAAAUCCCACCGAGCAGGAAGGGAACAUCACGCCUACGUCUUUGUUCUCUACAUGUGACUCCGCCCCCUGGUUCCGGAGCUCUCACCUGGAUUACCUGUCACUGGAUUUUAACUCCGCCUCUCCCUCACCUGUUCAAAAGAAACCUCUGCUGGAUGAGCAGCGCGUGGACUAUGUUCAGGUGGACGAGAAGAAGACUCAGGCGCUGCAGAACACCAGGACGGAGUGGAAGGACAGCCGGCAGCCGAAAGUGUGAAGGAAAAGAAAAAAACUGUAAAAUCAUUGUACAAUCAGAAAACAAAUCAGUGUGCAGUAAACGCGGUGCACUUGGUCUGAGUUCCCUCUCAGAGGUGCGAGGACAGAGACUGAAGGACAAAAACUAUCUAUUUCAAGUUCAGGUACAACAUCAACCCACUGUGAAAGGUCAACAUUCAGUGCUAGGACGAAUGCAAUGCUUGUUCAGAGUCCAGCUGAGAAACUGAAAAAGGGUAGCUCCGGCAUGUUGAAGUCUCUAUAACUGUAAUAUUCUGUGUGUUAAUAUAUAUUGCGAUGUGUUGUUGGUACAUGAUUAUUUCUUUAAUCAGAUCUACAUUACCGUCUGACUGUGUCAGUUAUAAGGGAUGUGAGAUUGUAUAAGAUGUUGUGUUCUUUCUCUUCUGUGAUUGAGAUUUUACAAAACAGGGUUAAAAAAUCAAAUGGUACAAAAAUGGAGUCUGAGUCCACUAACAAAAUAACAGUUCCCCCACAGUUCCUACGGAUAUUUUCUGUAAUAUCAACCCAACGCUGUGCGUUUCAAAGCACUAGGGGCAGCAAAACAUUAAAAACAGUCUAAGGCUGUAAUAGUCGUUAAGAGGUAAAAACACUAAAAUCUGUAUGUUUCUUUUUUUUAUUAUUUGAAGGAAAAUUCAAAUACAUUUUAUUUUUUAUAAUUUUGAAUGUUUCUAUCCUAAACAAAGAAUUUGCGAUGACUCAUAGGGGAGAAAAUAUUCAUAUUUAAAAAUACAGUUCUCAGUAGUGGACUUGUAGUGUCCGUGUUUCACUGUGAUGUCAUCACGACUGAAUAAAAUAUUCAGCAUUUUGUCAAAAGCACAACUACAGUACUGUCACUGUGAUUUCAUCAGUAUCAUACCAAAAACUUUACGGUUGUCUAAGGAAGUGUGUGUGUGUGUGUGUGUGUGUGUGUUUAUGUGCGCAUGUUGUGCAUGUUUAACAAACACCAUUCCCGAUUGUGUGCUGUACAUUUCAAAAUCAAAUUAUUUUUCAAGUUAAGAAAAGUUGACCUCGCAAAAAAUAAGUAAUAAAUCAA